AUGUUGGUCGAAUCCCCCACCGGUCUCCACUAUCCCAUCACCGUCGUCGAGCUCGCCAAGAAACCCGAAGAUGAUAUUCAACGGGGUGCGCCACUGUUCUCCUACUACUAUGAGACUACCGUGACCGAGGGCGACAAGUAUGGCGAUGAGAAGGAGGUCAAGAAGAAGUUCCCUGCCGGCUUCGAGUCGUCAAAAGCGGGCACGCUUACCAGAUGGUUCAUCCAGAAUGGCACCGUCAUUCAACGCGCCGGAGUCAAGCUUGUCGAGAUCGAUGAGCCAUGCACCCAUGAGACCCAGUUCGCCGGCAUGUGCGCUGACUGCGGCAAGGACAUGACAGAGGAGGACUACAUGACCGAUGGACGCGAUGUUGACCGAGCCACCGUCAACAUGACGCACGACAAUACAUCUCUGCUGGUCAGCAAGAAGGAGGCCCUCCUCGCCGAGGAGGAUGCAAAGCGCCGUCUGUUGGGUGUCAAGAAGCUCUCGUUGAUUGUGGAUCUAGAUCAGACCGUGAUCCAUACAACUUGCGAGCGAACGAUUGCCGAGUGGCAGAACGACCCGAACAAUCCCAACUACGACGCAGUCAAGGAAGUCCGAAGCUUUCAGCUUGCGGAUGACAGGCUGGCCAAUGUCGCGGCAAACUGGUACUACUGCAAGCUCCGGCCGGGUCUCAAGGAAUUUCUCGACAAGGUCUCCACGAUGUACGAGCUCCAUAUCUACACCAUGGCGACACGCGCCUAUGCCCAAGCCAUCGCAAAGAUCAUCGACCCCGACCGAGUCUACUUUGGCGACAGGAUACUAAGCCGUGAUGAGAAUGGGACGGAUCAAGUCAAGACCCUCCACAGGCUGUUUCCUGUGAAUACCGACAUGGUGCUUGUAAUCGAUGACAGGGGCGACAUAUGGCACUGGAGUGACAACUUGGUCAAAGUGCGGGCAUACAACUUCUUUCUGGGCGCCGGUGACAUCAACGCUAGCUUCCUUCCAAAGCAAGUGGAUUUGAUCACCGACACCGCGCAAACCAAAGCUGCCGAGUUGACCAAGGAUGUGGAAAAGAAGAGUGAAGACUCGAAUGGAGAGGCCCAGGUAGUGUCCAUCGCCGCGAAACCUCCUGAAAGCAUUUUGGCACCAGUAACAAACGGCGUACUAACUGAUUUGGAAAAGCAGCUUCUUACCAUGAGCGGAGGUGACAAUCCAGACUUGUUAGAGCGACAGACCAAAGAGCAGGAGAAGGUCAUCAUUUCCCAACAGACCGAGCGACCACUGCUCCAGAAACAGCUCGCGCUCGAACAAGCCGAGGAGACGGCGGAAGCUGAAGAGGAUGUGGAUAAUGCUGACGCUCCAGCGCCAGAACAACACAAGCACAAGAGCCUACUCCACGACGAUGACGAUGAGCUUAUAUACAUCGAAGCGUGUCUCCGACGUGUCCACCGCGCAUUCUUUGACGAGUACCAGAAGAAGCGGACAGCGCAUCAAGGUGGGAGGAUUGCCGAGCUUAGAGGCGAGAAGAGUCCCAAGAAGCGUGCACCAGAUGAUCUGGCGGUAGUACCAGACAUCAAGACAAUCAUGCCACGAAUGAAGCGGGCCGUGCUUCAAGGAGUCUCAAUUGUCUUCUCCGGCAUUGUUCCUCUAGGCAUGGAUGUUCAAUCUUCCGAUAUUGCGCUGUGGGCCAAGAGCUUUGGUGCCCAGGUCACGACAGAUAUCACAAAACAGACCACACACGUCGUGGCAAAUCCUAGCCGCAAAACCACAAAGGUCAAGAGAGCGGCGAAUCAUCCACAAAUCAAGAUCGUCACGACGGAAUGGCUGUUGCAAUGCUUCUCGAAGUGGGAGCGGGCAGAUGAACAGCCAUAUCUCAUCCAGGUGGACCCUGCCGAGCAUGGAGCACAUGGUGGGUCUCCUGAAAUCUCUGCUUUCGAUGACCUUGAUGAAGGUCCGUUGCUAAGUGCCGAAGAUGACGGCGCGAUUAGUGGCGAAGAGGACGAGGACGAGUUGAAGAGCCCGGUCAAUGUGGACAUAUCCGAAGAAACAUGGCAAUCACUCGGAGACGAAUUCCAAGAAUUCAUGGACGAAUCGGACGACGACGACCAAGGAACUGGAUCAGAUACGGAUAGCGUGAACUCGGAGAACAGCGUCCAAACUUCUUCGACUACGAGGAGCAAAAAAAAGAGAAAGCGUGGAACCGGAUCAGUGGAUGGCAGCGAGGCGGAUGAUAGCGACGCCAGCGUCAGCAGCUCCACAGGAUCGAAGCUCCAACGGAAGAAGAAGCGUGUGCUCGAGCGAGUGACUAGCCUGACCAACGUCGUGUCGGCGGACAAGUCUUCGGGUCUUCCUAGUCCUGAAACCACCGGGCCAGACGAAGGCCAGGAGAACGGUCUUGGUGGGGAAGAAGACGACGAUGACGGCGAUGCGGAGCUCGAGGCUGAGCUCCUGGCGGAACUGGAACGGGACGAUGACGAGUAG